GGAUUUUGUUCUUGUCCUUCACCACCACCAUCGUCGCUGCCCAGAGAGAUAAACGUCUCGCGCUCAGCGUCGAGGGUCCGUCCCUCUGCCGCUUGACCGUUUGUUGAUCUGACCCUUACUUCUUCUGCCGGCAACUCGCUAUGUGUCAUAUAUCCAACCUUUAAUCUCUUUCUCUGCUCCACCCCACCCACCGACUCGAAUCGGUCGCAAAUUGGCACGCACACGCACAAACACACAUCAUUCUCCUUCCAGACGAUAUCAUGGCCAACAACGCAACAACAGACCACUCCAGCACAGAAGAGGGCACCGCGGCCGACGAGGGCGGCGGCAGUCCAGACAAACCUCCAGUGAAUAACGGCGUCAAUGGAGCCCACAAGCACAUCCCCCUCCCGCCACGCAACGCGCACGCGCACCAGAAGGCACCCGAGCUGCCGGGCGAUCGCCCCACCAAGGCGAACGCGAAGGCUCCAUCCGCGCCUUCGGCCGCGCACGCCGCCGGAGCGCUCUCCACGCAGUCCAGCAUGGUCAGCAACGACGACACCGAGAGCACGUCCGGCGUCUCCUCCACCAACGCUAGCCGCGCCCCGUCCCGUGCGCCCUCUCGCAUACCCAGCAUGAACGGCUCGACGCACAAGCAGGAGGCCCCGCUGACGAAAGCGGCUUCGCUCUCCAAGUCCGGCGUCGCUGCGCACGAUUAUGCCCAACCGCCUUCGACCCGGCCCGCCGUCAGCCGCCCGCCGUCCGAGAACGGCGAUGGCAACAAGCACAAGUUCAACUUGAAAGAUCUGCUUGCCAGCGGCCCCCAGAAGAUUGGCCGGCGCUCCAGCCAGCGAUCGACGGCGUCCUCACGCAGAUCGGACUCCCCGGACAGCCAUAAGGAGGGCAAGAGCGGGAAGAAGAGCAAAGCCGGCAGCCGCGCUGGUAGUGAGGCGGGCGAGAGCACGACCAGCCUAUCGCAGAAGUAUGGCGUCUGCCAGAAAGUCGCGAUCGGCAAAGGUGCCACGAGCGUUGUCCGCCUUGCGCACAAGUGGGAUCGCAGCGAUGGCGAGAAGCUCUACGCCGUAAAGGAGUUCCGCAAACGCAGGCGAACCGAGUCGGAAAAGGAAUACGUCAAGAAACUGACGGCCGAGUUCUGCAUCUCGAGCACUUUGCACCACAUCAACGUCGUCGAGACCGUCGAUCUCAUCCAGGACGAGAACCACAAUUGGUGCGAGGUCAUGGAGUUUUGCCCCGGGGGCGAUCUGUACGGGGCGAUCAAGAAGGGCGGCAUGUCCCCGUCCGAGGUCGAGUGCUGCUUCAAGCAAAUUCUGUACGGCGUGCAGUACCUGCACUCGCAAGGCGUUGCGCACAGGGACAUUAAGCCCGAGAACAUCUUCUUUGAUCGCAAGGGCCAUGUCAAGAUCGGCGAUUACGGCGCCUCUACGGUGUAUCGUCUCCCGUGGGAGGCGACGAUCCACAUGUCGACUGGCCUGUGCGGGUCGGAACCGUACAUCGCGCCGGAGCAGUUCCUUGGGAAGCCCUACGACGCCCGCCUGGUCGACAUCUGGGCUGUCGCGGUGGUGUACUACUGCCUGCACUUCCAGGAGUUGCCGUGGCGUGCGGCGCAGCCGUCGGAUGCGCUCUACGCCGCGUAUGCCAACGCUUGCAACUCGGGCAACCAGACGCCCCAGACGAUCAGCAAUCUCAGCCCCCGCGCGUGCCGCACGCUCAUGCGCAAGAUGCUCGAGCCGAACCCGGCGAAGCGCGCGACGAUCGAGGCCGUCUUCGAGCACGAGUGGGUGAAGUCGAUCGAGGUCUGCUGGGAGAAGGGCGAGGGGAACGAGGGGCACAUGCACGUGAAUGCGCGCCAGGUCGCCUCGCAGGUGCUGAGGGAUGCGGGGAUCUAGGCCGAUGUCCUGGGGAGUGCAAGCUGACGGUCACCGAUUUGACUGGUGCCGCUUGCUUGACCUCGACCCGACACUCUUGCGCCCUCAGCCUCUCGUUUGUGGUGGCCGUGACCCUGCGGUGGAUGUGACAGUGCCUUCGAUACCAUUGACAGUUCUCGCACUGGAGUACGCCCCCGCACUCGUCCGCACGUCGCCCGCCCACCCCUUCUUGUGCUGUGUUGUUGUUUUCCGCCUCGCAUAUCGUCCGUUCAUACACUCUUCGUUGUAGUUAUUACUUACCCGCAUCUUAUAUAGUAUUACUAGUCGUGUGCAGUCAAUAUGUAUGUCUUAAGAGUAUACCACGUUUGACAAUGAGUGGGAGUGUGAGAC